AAACUCCUCCACUAUAAAACGGAGUGUUUUCGGCACCAGCAGUUACAAGCAGCUUCGCCCUCACGAAAGAUACCUCAUAUCUGUGUGAGCGCCGCCUGCCGUGCUAUUUUCCCACACAAAAAAAGAAAAAAAUCUCUUCAAAUUUCUUUUACUUUUUGUUCAACUGAAAACACAUCAGAUCCAUUAUGAGGGAAUGUAUCAGUAUUCAUGUCGGACAGGCCGGAGUCCAGAUUGGUAAUGCCUGCUGGGAACUUUAUUGUCUGGAACAUGGAAUCCAGCCAAGUGGUCAGAUGCCAUCUGACAAAACAGUUGGCGGUGGAGAUGACUCUUUCAACACUUUCUUCAGUGAAACAGGGUCUGGAAAACAUGUCCCCAGGGCUGUUUUUGUAGACUUGGAACCCACUGUUGUUGAUGAGAUUCGUACCGGUCAGUACAGACAACUUUUCCAUCCUGAACAACUCAUUACAGGCAAGGAAGAUGCAGCCAAUAACUAUGCCAGAGGUCAUUAUACUGUCGGAAAAGAACAUAUUGAUUUGGUUCUUGACAGAAUUCGCAAACUUGCUGACCAAUGUACUGGCCUUCAAGGUUUCUUAAUCUUCCACAGUUUCGGUGGUGGUACUGGUUCCGGAUUCACAUCUCUUCUUAUGGAACGUCUCAGUGUUGACUAUGGAAAGAAGUCUAAACUAGAAUUCUCUGUUUAUCCUGCUCCUCAAGUAGCAACUGCUGUUGUAGAACCAUACAAUUCUAUCCUGACCACCCAUACCACUCUUGAGCACUCUGAUUGUGCUUUCAUGGUUGAUAAUGAAGCCAUCUACGAUAUCUGCCGAAGAAAUCUUGAUAUUGAUCGUCCCAGCUACACUAACCUGAAUCGUUUGAUUGCUCAGGUUGUCAGUUCAAUCACUGCCUCUCUGAGGUUUGAUGGUGCUCUUAACGUUGAUCUGACUGAGUUCCAGACCAACUUGGUACCUUAUCCUCGAAUUCAUUUCCCAUUGGCUACUUAUGCACCAAUCAUUUCUGCUGAGAAAGCCUAUCAUGAGCAGUUGAAUGUAGCUGAGAUUACAAACGCAUGCUUUGAACCAGCAAACCAGAUGGUUAAGUGUGAUCCACGUCAUGGGAAAUACAUGGCCUGCUGUAUGUUGUACCGUGGUGAUGUCGUACCAAAAGAUGUCAACGCUGCCAUUGCAACUAUCAAAACAAAGAGGUCAAUCCAGUUCGUUGACUGGUGUCCAACUGGCUUCAAGGUUGGUAUCAAUUACCAACCACCAACUGUUGUUCCAGGAGGUGAUCUUGCUAAGGUUCAACGUGCUGUGUGCAUGUUGAGCAACACCACAGCUGUUGCUGAAGCUUGGGCUCGUCUUGAUCACAAAUUUGACUUGAUGUAUGCCAAGCGUGCUUUCGUUCACUGGUAUGUGGGAGAAGGUAUGGAAGAAGGUGAGUUCUCUGAAGCUCGUGAAGAUUUGGCAGCUCUGGAGAAAGACUAUGAAGAGGUUGGAGUCGACACAUUUGAUGCUGAAGAAGAGGAAGGAGAUGAAUAUUAAAUAAUUUAAAAACGGUGGCACAAAAGAGCUAGCUGAAAAUAAAAGCAAUCAUAUCAGCUACAAA